UUCACAUACACACUCAUUGCUGUGAUAAAGAUGUGAAAAUGGCGGAGUUACAAAUGCUCCUGGAAGAAGAAAUUCCAGCAGGACGAAGCGCAUUAUUGGACAGUUUCACCAAUUUGGAAAGAGUCGCGGAGUACUGCGAGAGCAACUAUGUCCAGUCUCCAGACAAGCAGAGGGCUCUGGAGGAGACCAAGAACUACACCACCCAGUCUUUGGCCAGCGUAGCCUACCUGAUCAACACGCUGGCCAACAAUGUCCUGCAGAUGCUCGACAUCCAGGCGUCGCAGCUCCGCCGCAUGGAGUCCUCCAUCAACCACAUCUCACAGACGGUGGACAUCCACAAAGAGAAGGUGGCCCGGCGGGAGAUCGGCAUCCUCACCACCAACAAGAACACGUCCCGCACACACAAGAUCAUCGCCCCAGCCAAUCCCGAGAGGCCUGUGCGCUACAUUCGCAAGCCCAUCGACUACAGCAUGCUGGAUGACAUGGGCCAUGGAGUUAAGGCCAGUGCUCAGAACAUGAAAGCCGGAGGAGGAGGUGGACUCCCUCGCACCAAUCCCCCCACACAGAAGCCCCCCAGCCCGCCCAUGUCAGGGAAAGGGACCCUUGGGCGACACUCCCCAUACCGGACGCUCGAGCCGGUGCGUCCACCCGUUGUCCCUAACGACUACGUCUCGAGCCCGACGCGCAACAUGGCGCACCCCCAGCAGAGCCCUGCACGCACUGCAUCCGUUAAUCAGAGGAACCGCACGUACAGCAGUGGCAGCAGCGGAGGCAGCCACCCCAGCAGCAGUCGCAGCAGCAGCCGAGAGAACAGCGGCAGCGGCAGUGUGGGCGUGCCCAUCGCCGUGCCAACCCCAGCCCCGCCCUCUGCCUUCCCAGGUGCUCAGUUCUACAGCAUGAACAGGCCUGUGCAGCAGCCCCAGAACCAGCAGGUCGGAGGCUCGCUGCCGUACCGCCGGCCUUCGUCUGUCACCGGUCAGCCCAACAUGGUCCACAACCAGAGCCAGCUCAACGGGGGACCACACUUCGCCCAGAACCAAGCCGGCCCACUCGCGCCCCCUCCCCCCUCCAUGCAGAUCACCCCUCAGCUGCCUCUGAUGGGCUUUGUGGCCCGAGUUCAGGAGACUAUCUCAGACGUGCCGCCCCCGCCUCCUCCCGCAGAGGAGCCGGUGUUUGAAGAGCCCACACCUCCUCCCCCGCCUCCAGAGGACUAUGAAGACGAUGAAGAUGAAGAAGAGUCGGCGGUGGUGGAGUACAGUGACCCCUACGCCGAGGAGGACCCGCCCUGGGCCCCACGCAACUACCUGGAGAAAGUGGUGGCGAUCUACGACUACACCCGAGACAAAGAGGACGAGUUGUCGUUCCAGGAGGGCGCCAUCAUCUACGUGAUCAAGAAGAACGACGACGGCUGGUACGAGGGCGUGAUGAAUGGGACCACGGGCCUCUUCCCCGGCAACUACGUCGAGUCCAUCAUGCACUACGCCGACUGAACAAUCCCCCACAUCGGAGCAGAUGAAGGGCAGGAGGAGCCGUUUGGAUUGGGGAAGGGAUAAAGGGUGAGGGAGGGAGGGGAGCAGAGGGAUAACGGUCAAAGACUUUGAUCAGACAGAGCAUGAUCACCUCCGGGCGAAGGGAGAAAAAGACGAGGGAAGAAGAUUUUAACGAAGUUGCAACCUGACAAACUGAAGCCCGGUCACUCUCUCGACAUAAGGCGCCAUUGUAAAACAACCACUACUCUAGCUAUAUCCUUCCCUGUAAUAUUUCUUUCUUUGAUUUCUUAUUUGACUGACCAGACCGGGCGGUGAGGGAUUUAUUGUAUUUGUGUUACAUCAAGAGGUCACUACAUUGAUUUUUGCUUCUUUUUUCUUCUGUUUUACCAAUUUGCCCUUAUUUUAAAGUAUAUUUAUUUUGACUUUUGUAGUGGAAGAAAUGGUGAGGAGGAAGUUUGGGCUGCUGAGUCGGGAUUUCCGCGUUGCAGCCUUUGAGAAAGGGCUGGAGGAGAAUGCCUUCAAUGUGUAGAUUUUCUCCAUAACACUCCAGAGACAUUUUAGAGAAUUAACUGCUCUGUAUAUUUACAGUAUAAUGCAACAUCAUCCUCGGUGGAGGGAACAAACAGUAGUUUCCGAAAUAUCUGGUUAGGUACCUCGGCAGGGAGCGUGCCAAAGCUGACAUUCACAUAGAUAUAAAAGCACAUCAAAUGUCUUAAAGGUGACACACAAAGGGAAUGUGAAGGGGAUUUGAAAAGAUGACAGUGCUUUAAAAGGAGUUUUGCAUCUUUUUUGCAGACUGAGUUAAAGAUUUGCACCACAUUAGCUCAGAGGAGCAAAUAAUGCCUCUCCAUGCUUCACUUUGACAGUGGUGUGCGUUUUUCCAGUGAAGGAAUCGUCAUCCAGCCCUCGAAUAAAAGAGGAAAACAGGAUCCUCAGUUGCACAAUAACUUGGAUUUUGAAGUCUGCAGCUCCUCUCGAGAAUAUUGAAGUGUAUUAGCUCGAGUGCUGAUCAUUUGAAGUGUUCGUAUGCAUUUGAGACGAUUUUUUUAUUUUUGCUGUUUCACCAACGGGUCCAGAAUGGAGUUCUUGCUUGCAGAGCGGCAUGUUUGGAAGAGGAAAAAUAUUCUUUUCUGCUCUACUGAUGAUUAAUGUCUUAAUAUUUUUAGAUAUGGUGUGGUUUGGUUUUUGAUAUUCACCCACGAUGAUUACAACUACGAUGCAUUUAGGUCAUUUCUAAGACGCUUGUGCCAUAUUGAAGUGCGUGUUGCUGUUCAGAGGUUCUCACUUCAUUUGCAAUAAAUCGGCCGGAGUGGAGUGGAGUGUCGUUGAACUACAAAAACUUUUCUUUUCCAAGUUUAUCCCAGAGUUGUUUUUAAUCAAAAGCACAUACAUUUGUAGUAAAAAGGUGUAGAAGAAGAAAUAAUAUAAAUGUGAGAUGUAUUAUGUCCUCAAAACAGGACUUAUUGAAUAUGAAAAGAAGCCAGCUGUUGUGUUGAAAUGGUUUUAACCGUCGCAAGCCCCCGAUACUUCUCAACGCCGCCGGUUUAGGCGUCCUUCGUCCUCCGUAAAGUUUCCGAUACGCUUGGCUGUUGGGUGUUUGCGAGGGCUCAGUGCUUGUACUUAUGUCAGAAUCUUUAUUUUCUAUUAAAAAAAAAAAGAAAUAAUAACAAGUGGGUCUGUAUGUGAGUCUUGCAUGCCAUUGUUCUUAUCUGUACUGGUGUCCCAAAAAACCUUAUGUGGCCAGAUCACCCAUCCUUAAAAAGACAAGCAGCCCUGCAGCUCCGACCAGGAACCACCAGCCUCAUCCAAAGAGACUGUAACUCAAGCCCACGUCCGAGGAGCUGCGCUCUGACCUGAGGGAGGGGAGGGAGGGACCCGGCUUCCUCCCCCCUCUGACUGUAGCCGCCGUUAACGUCCGUGGUGAAAAACCCAUGUCUAAGCUGCUAGUGAAUCCUGCGGACAAGAACCCCUCCCCCAGAGGUGAACGGUGAUAAAUGUAACACUCUAAGUUCAAGCUUGUUUCAUAACACUCAGAAAAUGACACUUUAAAAAAUCUCAAAUGAAGCCCUCAGUCUGCAGGAUUCACAGCUCCCAGGAGUCACAGACGUCCCUUGGGAUGUCAAGUUUAACAGUCCAUAAUGCCAUUGUGUUGCACAGUUAAAGUUGAAUUGCAGAAGUAUCAUAUUUGUAAAAUCAUGAGAACAAAGACAAUAAAAUUAUUAAGAUUUA